AUUCUCUCUUUUCUUCUCUGGGGGCAACUCCUUGAGAGUAGCAAUCAAAGCAGCCUGGAAUUGAUGUUGUCGCUUUCAUGCCAUACCGUACUGUACGUUUAGUGUGUCUAUGAGUAUUUCUGAGAUCGUGUUAACGAAAGGUUGUGCGUGCUCCUAUUGCUUCAGCCAGACAGCGCAACAGCUCCCCCGUGUUGCAUCUUGCACAGGGGUCUCAAAAAUCAUCAAAGCGUUUAUCUUCCAAUUGUGCAAAACCGGCUAAAAAACUCAGCCAGUGAACGUUCAAAGUAAAAAUAACAGUUUACAAGGUUAAAGUUAUUGUUUGUAAAAGAAGUGUAAAAUGUUUGCCGAUUAGUGUAUGCCAAAGUGUGUGAAAUUGUUACCAUAUUAAAAUACCCUUGAGUGAAAACUGAGUGCAUAAAACAAAGUUAUGAUGUAUUUUACCGUUUACUUGGUGACACAUUUGUGGUAACAAGGGUGCGUUAAUUAGAAAACAGACUGUUUUCCUAUGCCGUGGGUGUGGACAAAUCGUCAAAAUCACUUAACGUUUUGUGCAAUAUUUCGUCUACCAUCUGUGUGGAUCGUUAAGAUUAGCGAGAAAUGAAGCUGGGGCUUUGCAAGUUUGCUGUGAAAUAUUAAUAACAUAUAGCAACAGCAAAAUAUUCUACAUCUGUUUGUGAUGGAACAGAAGGAAAGGGUUCAUAUUUGUAGUAAAAGUGUCUCCAGCAGCAAAUAAAUUUGAUUGAGUGGUUGUUUUUUUUGCAAAACAAAGGGUGUGUGUAUGUGGUCCCAGUUCGAAUAAGGCCGCUUGCGGGUGAAUAAUUACACGAAAGUGCAAAAGUAAGUGCAACAAUAAAAAAAUAAAGUCGAUCCAGCCGCAUGCAUUUAAAAGUGUCCCCGGUGAAGUGAGUGUAUGAGGGUGGGUGCACACAGGGUGCAUUACGUAAGUGCCGGCAACAAAAAGGUAGGUGAGGUUUGAAUUAAUUUCAUCCGCGGUUCUCACGGGCCAAACGCGUGAACCUUUUUUGCACCGGCAUCGGCCAAAGUGUGUUGCGGUGGGUGUUUUUCUUCGCCUGGCCACGGGUUGCUUCACUUUUCAUCACUACGACAUCAUUUUGGCCACGAAGCGUCAGGUUGUGAGGUUGUAUUAGUGUGUAUGUGUGUGUGAGUGUUGAUGAAAAUAUAAUGCAGUUCCCGUCGCCUGGAUGGUGCGGGUGCAGUGUCACUAGGGAUUGGGUGCAGCGAGAGGUUAUCAAAGCAACAAGCAAGGUGCAGCAGCUGCAUUCACUUUCGGCCCUGUUGCGGUAAGCCGACUACGGUAGCAGUAUCGCCAACCGUUUUGUGGUCAGCCAGUCAGUGUCUGUGUGCGUGUGUGUGUGUUGGGCCGUGGUACCGUAUCACAACAUUGGGAUCCGAGCAGGAGAACACCAGUAGGCGGCGAUUUAAACAAAGAUAUUCCUUUGCUCUCCUCUUCUCGCUUCGAUAACGACGUCGCUCGUCGUUGCCGGAGAACGUCGACCGCAACAGAAUGCUACUGCAACCUGGACCUACGCUCAGUACAGAACACCAACAGCAAUCUCAACAGCAACUCCAACAGCAGCACAACCAAUAUCAACAACAUGCACCAAACCUACUUUCGGCCCAGCAACCCUCGUCACUGACCUCCUCAUCCAGUGCCUCGUCGACACCACCCAUACAGGACGUUAGCCGUUAUCUGGAGACGCUUCAAGAGCAGCUGAAGGAAGGCUGGACGGCCCAUACGGCUAAGGAUGGCCGGCUUUACUAUUGCAAUCACAUCACGCGAACGGCUGGAUGGUUACCACCAAUCGAAAACUGGGUGCAGACAAAUGAUUUGCCGUACGGUUGGGAGAAAGCGGUGGACCAAAAAGGACAACCAUACUACAUAAACCACCUAAACAAAACUACCACCUACGAGGAACCGAUUAGGCAUCAUGGCAACGAUGCACCUCCCGAGCCGCGUGUCGUCGUGUUGCAGCGCAGUCCUACGCUUGGCUUCGGGUUUGUUGCUGGCAGCGAGAAGCCUGUGAUCGUUCGCUUUGUUACGGAAGGUGGCCCUAGUGUAAAUAAGCUGGAACCAGGUGACCAAAUAUUAGCUGUAAACGGUGAGGACGUCAAAGACGCACCCCGGGACCAUGUGAUACAAUUAGUUAGAAAUUGUGAAUCCUCCGUGACGCUGCUCGUCUGCCAGCCGCAGCUCUAUAAUGCGGUCGGUCGAAAAUCAACGCUGCUAUCGGCGGGCAAGAAGGCGAAGCUGAAAUCACGCCCCAUCCGUGUCCGGUUCGCCGAGAGUGUCUGCGUUAACGGGGCGCCAUUAUUUCCGCCAUCUGCCUUUUCCCUCGGUGAUCUGUGCGUGCCGCCGAUGGCAAACGUGCUGAAAGUGUUCCUCGAGAACGGUCAAACUAAAUCGUUCAAAUACGACUCAACUACCACUGUACAGAAUGUUGUUACUUCGUUACGCGAUAAGUUAUGCCUAACCGCCGGUGAGCAUUUCAGUCUCGUGGUGGAACAUGUGAAAAGUCUGAAGCGGAACAAGCUAACACUGUUGGAUCCGCAGGAAACGGUAGCACGGAUAGCGGCACGGCCAGGAGCUCACAAACUUCGUUGCCUGUUCCGGGUAACGUUUGUGCCCAUCUCGGCUGCAGCCCUCGCUCAAAAGGACCUCAAUGCGCUGGACUAUCUGUUCCUGCAGUGCUGCAAUGAUGUCACGCAGGAACGCUUUGCACCGGAGCUGCAACCCGAAGUGGCGCUGCGUUUGGCCGCACUGCACAUGCAUCAGCACGCGCUAGCGAACAACAUUUCGCCCACAAAAUUAACUGUAAAAACUGUUGAACGAGAGUUUGGACUGGAUCGCUUUGUGCCUGCUUCACUGAUUGAAGGAAUGAAACGGAAGGAGCUGCGACGGCUUUUAGGCCACUUUCUGAAGCUGAACUCACAGAUGACAGGCUCGUCGACCAAAACGCUCACACAGCUGCAGGCUAAAAUUCACUAUCUGGACAUCAUAUCGGGACUACCCAGCUAUGGAGCCAAGUGUUUUAGUACCAAUCAACGUGACGGUGUCGAACGAGUGCUGCUCGUUAGUCCACGAUUUGGUUUGAGUCAAAUCGCCGGUGUACGCAACACGGUGCCUCAACCCAUCUGUAAUCUGGAGGAACUUAUCCGUGUUGUUGUAACGCGAGAUGAUGACGUCUCCAACACAGUAACCGUCUUUAUUAGCCCCGAUCGAGUUAUCAACUUUUCGAUGGAAGAUCGAGAUGCAUCCGAGUUUGCAAUCGUACUGGCAGGCUACUAUCGACUUAUGGCCGGCAAAGAACUUCCUUUGGAGCAGGAACGCGAGACACAAAUAGAAGAUAUUGCGCCUCCGUAUCUUUCGCAACACACGGUUGUCAACAAUGGCUGGAGCUACUUACCCUCAGAAAAGCCUACACAUAGUAUAGCAUUCCUGAUGCCACCGCCGUACCAUUCUACCGGUUUCCGCAGCGCUACCGGAUCGAUCAGUUCCUCCAGCCGUUCGGACGAGUGUGACCGCAAUGCAAACAGUGCACGCAUUUCUAAUAAAAAUACUCGACCGAGUCUACAAGACUAUGAUUUUGAGCAGAACGGUAAGGAUAUGCGCGUAUCAAAGGAUGGUUCACUUGGUGGAAAAAUCGGAGGCGUCCCGAUGGCCGUGUCCGAGGCGCGCAACGAAGAGGUACUGCGGCGUGUUGCGGAAAUGCAAAAGAUGGUCGAAAACUCAGAACGCUAUCUUAACGAGCACGGUGACUACGGUCACGAAUUCGAUGUAAAGCCGGGUGGUAAACUGAACUUCUGGCGUGAAACUUCCGUUGAUGUAGAUGAAAGUGAUUGUGAAAGUCUAAAUAGCAGCAAACAAAGCUCGAACGAGGAUGGUCCCGGUGUACUGAAGCAUAGCGACUCUUUGACACUGUUGACCGAAACAAUUAACCAAGGUUUGGACGGAAUAGCGAAAGGUCUUAGCUCGAUCUACACAGCACCGUUCAGUGAGUUGAAUGGUAAACUCGAGACUAUGACCGGUUCGGCUCAAAACACACCCAAAACGCAGAGAAAAUUGUCCGGACUUAGUCAGAUACUGAAUGAUCUGCAAGCACUGGGCAACGAUCUAUCGCAGAGUGAAAGUGACUCCGAAUCUCUGUAUACACCGAACAGUUCCCCUAUACACAAGACGACGCUAAGCUCAAACCCGUUACAGCUACAAAACCCACAGCAACAGGUGCUACAAUCGACGCAGCAUGGAGCUGCAAACAGUACCACCAAUCUGCGAAACAAAUCUAUUCGCACCAGCUUUGGACUGCACAGUCCGGACAGCGGAAACGAAGGACGCGACAUGAGCCUGAAGGAUUAUCUUCGCCAGCUCAAGGAAGCUAGUACGGCGAGCGAGCUCGGUUCGGAAGGUACGGAUUUGGCCGCGAAGAAGCUUGCUGACCUAUACGGAUACGAGCUGCUCGGUGAUGAUUCCAUCAUUGAAACGGAUCCCGAUAUUAUCGAUCUACGAUCGAUCCCUCCUCCACAGACGCCUGACGAACUGGACAAUCUGAAUGUGCUGAGCGUUCCUCCUAGCGGUUUUGAUGAUGGCACAGGCGCUAAUAAAGUGACGGGAACGAGCAGUUCUUCAAACAACGCCACAACUUCUGCCAACCUGGGUGCGGGAGAUUUGGAAGAGUUUCUCAAACAGGUAACAAUAGAGCCCCCAACUCAGAAGAUCACUCCGGCUGUCGAACUUACACCAGAGGAAAUCCUUUCGUACAUUAUCCCACCACCGCCCGGAUUGAGCGAUCGCAGCGAAAUGGCCGGACCCGAUUCCCAGAAUUCCUUGUUUGUUCGACGUCCCGUACAAAACCAUACCAUUCCCAAACCGAACGCAACUGUUAGCACGAACAAUAAUAUUAACACGCUAAAGAACCUUAACUAUGAUACCGAUGGACCGAUUCCAAGACCCCGUGCUGCUUCCAUCAACGGAACUUCGACACCAUCGACCGUGGCAAAUGGCGCCAUUGCCAGUGCAUUACUCGCUAAGUAUGCGUACGAUCCAACGCGUUUUGAAGUGUACUAUCCACCGAAGGAAAAUAACACCACCGGAAUGACUGAGUACGAUCUUUACAGCAAUAGUGCCGCAGCUGUUGCCAUUACGGAGCCAACCAAUGAAAAGAAAACGAAUGGAACGCAUGAUUCCAAAAGCACGAUGAACGGUGUUGCUAGUGGUGCCUCUAAUGGUCACGUUAUCGAGUACCCUACCGUCGAUCGGAAAGGUCCGUUCUCUUGUUGUGCAAAGUCCAAAUCGAAGGAUAAGCAAAAUGGAGACACGGAACAUGAGCAAAGGCAACAGCAGCAGCAGCAGCAACAGUCACGCGGUACCUCAGACAUCCCAAUAGCACUUCCACCGAAACCCUGUCCUCAUACGGCCAGCAUGAACCAACCGAGUCCCCCACAGCGACCUCCAAAGAGUGCUGAGUUGCAGCUUCGUUUGGGUUCACCCAUUCGCUCGCCACCAUCAGCCGGCAAUGGGGCAUUAUAUGGGUCUCGGGCGAACGGUAACUACUACGAGCUCGGUCCCAGUGAUCCUCCUUCAUUACCGCCUCGUUUCGAACAAUCACCACCCCCGGUACCAAUGUUGGCCACAUUGCCACCGAAGAAACCACCACUACCUCCGGUACCUAUGAAACCCUGCAUCCUGCGUAGCCCGGUUCCAAUACUGAAGAACACGCAUGUGGCUACCUUCAAUCAUGUGCACCAGUUUCACCAUCAUCACCAAUCGCCCCCGGUACCACCUUUACCGCAUCACCUACAGCACCAUCAUCCAUCGGGUGGCGUCGCUGUUCUGUCCUUGUCCGCUAACUCCUCUCCCGUUCGGACAGCCGGUAUAGGGUCACCACAUCUUCACCGCAAUCCGAAUUGUUACAGGGAGAUCGAUCGGGCAUUCAACCACCACUGCACGGACGAGCAGCUGCCGGCGCCGGAGAAGACAAACCUAUCCGCCCCGAACACCGUCGGCCAUCAACGUUCGCACAGCGACUGUCCACCGGUCUGUCUGAAGAAUCCACCGGCGGACAGUAGGGCACAGUUAACACUCCUUUGCUCACCGCAACUGUCGCGUAAAACUUCCCUACCGACAGCCGUUUCCCCCGCACUCGUUGGCACGCUUGCUAACAACGUUGCCCAUGCCACCUUCAGCAAUCCCGGGAGCCCUAUACUGUCCAACAAAAACGGGCACGUAUUAAACGUUGACACGCUAAUGGCUAAGACGGACGUGGCGAUGGCCGGCUUGCUGGUGAAGCUGGACCAAGUGGCAGCCGCCUGCUCGGCUGCACAAACCGCCGGCGGAGGCACUGCUAUCGAUGAAGAUCGCUUUCAGCAAGCACGGGAUGAACUGACCGAACAGGCGUUGCAGCUAGUCACCGCAUCGAAGCAUCUGGUUGUGUCGAUGUCCGAUGCAAAUCUUACCCACCUACCGGAACAUUUAACCGCCUGUCUGUCCGCACUUAGGCGCAUUACCGAGCUGGCACAGGACUUGACGCGUACCACUUCGGCACCGCUGCAAACACGCAACAUUGUGCUUAAGAUACAUGACGUCGCAUCGAGCUUCCGGGAGCUGGCGUGCGUUAAGGUGGGACCGAGCGGUGCCGGUCAGCUCGCACUGAACGCUGAAUGUUUGGCGAAUGUGCUCGCAACGUUGCUCCGAAGUUUGCGUGUGUUUUCUCCCUAGCAGGAGCAGGAGCAGAGUUUGCAAGCAGAGUGAUCGGAAUAGCAGACACGAUUGCAGAACACAAAAGGUUGUUAAUAUAGUGGUUAAGCUCCUGUAAAGCAGGUGAUGUUGUAGAAACAUAUCUUCUUCGUUUUGUUAUCCCAUAUCAUAACACCCAUUUUUUUCGCCAAUCCAUAUCGAACGUAUCAUAUCGGAUAACAUGCUUUUGAGAAAUGAUACAGUUUCGAGAUCAAUGAAACUUUACAUUUCUUAUAAUAUUUCAAAAAACAAAUAUUCAAAUACGGUGCAUUGUGUGUACCUCACAGUUGGUUUGCAAAACUGCGUAUUUGAAUGUUACGCCAUGCUUUAUACUUUCUUGACCUCUAAACCAAUAGUUUAAAUGAACAUAUCCUGCUCGUGGUAAACGGAUCAUCAUAUCUCCCGAACAAUUGAAUCAUUUCAUUAUAGUAUCAUGAAACCAGAUACUAGCACUAGCUCUAGUCUACUACUAAUAUGUAAACUCUUCAUUUCUUUCGUACGAAUGCAAGAGAAAGAAUGAACAAAUAUUCUGCUGAAAGAUAAUAGUAAUGGUUAAAAAUAGUUCGGUUCUUUUCUAUUUCUUUAUUCAUGGCGUUUUUUUGGGGGGCACCGUAAAAUUUUUAGAAAAAAAGGUUUUGGAAAUAUUCCUCCAAAUGUCCGGAAUUUUUUAUUUGUU